UGUAUUUAAGGUGUAUAAUUUAUUGUAUGGGUACAGUUGAUUGGAAAUUACGAACAAUACCACAACACAUCAACCACCAAAGCAUUUACUUGUAUCUUCAAAAUGAACAUGUACAUCGCAAUUUGGCUUCUGUGUGCGGUCGCUUACUGCAUAGCGGCUCCAUCUUCCCUUCGGACCCUUCCCGCUGUCCACCACGAGGAAAUCCACGACGACUUCGGGCAGUAUGCUCUGAGAUACGUCACAGCCGAAGGCAUUAUCGUCUCGGAGCGAGGCCGCUUGGUCCCCAACCCUGAUGGCAGGGACCACGCCCUCGUGGUAGAAGGAGAGGUGUCAUACAUCGGGGAGGACGGCAAGAACUACGUCACCAAGUACUCAGCUGGUUUUGAUGGAAGCAUAAUGGAGGGAGAUCACAUCCCGGUUGCCCCCAAGGCAUAAUGUCACUGGAAAUCGCUUAUUGUUGUUAAGUGUAAAUAAAAUUAUUUAUUUUUAAUU